AUGCCAAUCACUCCCCAGGAGCAUCUGGAGUGGUGGCUCACCACGGGUCUUGACGCCCUCAAAGAACUUGUAGACAAGGAGACGGUGGGAUGUAGUCCUCAGCACGUCGGCUUUGAGGGCAUCAUUCAACGCAGACAGCGAGGCUUUGACAACGAUGCCAAGCUUCUGGAGGCUCUCCGACAGUAUGCGGACCGACUUGCCUCGCACCAGGCUCCUGAUGUUUCUUGCAAUCCUCGAAACAAGUUGAGGGAGCUCAGCCUCAACACGUUCAAGAAACUAGAGGACGGUGGCCUGGACCUCGACAGGGUCUUGGAAGGCCUCGCUGACCUCAACGUCGUCGAGCUUCGCCGGCGCCGACUCGUCGCUGAUACCCCUUUGACUUUCAAGCCCAAUCACCCCGCCUAUCCAUCCGCGGCGAUGAUCCAAGAGCUCAAUAAGAAGGCAACGGAAAAGUUUGCCACUUUUUACAUGGGUUUCAGAGCAUCUGCGGUCACCCUCGAGAUGCAGCACUCAGAAGCUACCAGAAAACCUCCUGUGGAGAUCAUGGCAGUCGUCAAUGCCCUAUUCCCUGCUCAGGACUUACUGAAGAACUCGGAAGACGUGAGUCUUGCUCCAUACACCAACUCUCUUCUCGACUGCAUCCGGUUUGCAAUCCUUGUCCAUCUUCUCGGAGACAACCCAUCGGGCGAAAAGCAGCAAGCCUUCAUUCAGGAGAAGUUGUUCAUCUGGUGUGGCUUGCCCAGGUAUGAAGCUGCAUACAAGGCAUUCACUCAGUACAUCGAGGAGUUCAAGGCAAUCGAGACGCUGUGCUUCAACGUUCUCAAGCUGGCAGAGGCCCCAACUUCUCGCCGGAAGUCGGCGUCUCGUCGCCCUUCCUUUACCCCGAACUCUGUCGUCAUGGUGAAGUCUAUCCUCAGAGGCUCUCCCCAGAGCCCCCGCGAAGUGGCAGAGCUGGCUGGUUCUCAAAGGCCCCUCUCUCCUGAAUUUGUGGCAUCCGCCCCUCCUGUUCCAAACCCCCUCCUGAAGGGCCUCCCAGGGCGAGAGUAUGAUGCCGGUGAUGAAACUGUUGUCAAAGGGGAGAGGGUUGCCGCCAAGACGUUCGACCCUGCCAGAAAGCUGAAGAAGACGCCGCCGCUGCCCACGAAGCAAAAGCUGCUGCCGCCUAAACAAAAGGCGUUAUCCACAAGACAGAGGCUAUUGCAAACCAGGCAGAGGAGGAGUAAAAGGGUGGAUGAGGAUAUUCCUCCGGUCCCUCCGACUCCCGAAAUCCCCAUGUCCAUGAGGUCGACCAUCACAAGGAACGGCCUCAAGCUUCUCGAGCGAAUGCGUUCGCAUCCAGAGUUGCAGUCUGGUGAACCGAGCAGCUCCAAAGUCUCACAGCUUGCCACCGUCUUGGCUGGUGACAAGGCCAGGUCGAGUGCAAAGCUGGUGAAGCAGCCUGCUCAUCUCCCUCUUCGGCCCCCUACUCGUCCCAAGGCCUCCAACGCUCAACUUCGAGACAGCUUCAGUCUGCGUACAUCGUCUUUACCCGAAGGGGUCCGAAACAACCAGCAGAACCUCUACAGUCAGCGAGCCUCUUCGACGCAAUCGGUGGAUAGACCAACUACAACAAGGAGGCCGGAGAGCUAUGAUGGCCAAGAACAUGGUCGCCGUUCCUCGCUGCCGAAGGUUGACGUCAAGUAUAGUAUGCGCGAGCCACGACUUUCUAACAUGGAAUAUGCGCGACUAUAUUUUGUCGAAGAAGCCAAUGCCAAGAAAGAGAAGCGGGAGUGCGAGCUGCCUCCACCUAAGAAGGCCUGGCUCUGGGGUCAGCACUGGGAGAACUUCCUCGUACUGCCCAAGAUUCCGUCCACUAUCAGGCGCCGCUUCUCUCUCGGCAACAAUGAGGACAGCAAAAAGACCCUCAACUUGGCGGCUCGUGACAAAGGACACGAGUCGGAUGCCGACUCGGUAGAGACUGUCAAGGGCACGAUGUCGGUGCCUGCUAAACCUCCUCGGCUGUCCCUGAAUUUUGACACCAUGGCUUCCGGCCUCACGACGAUGAUGGACGUGUCGUCUUCGGGAUUCCAUCAAGCAUCACAAGUUCCAGCUCGGACAAAACUCCAAGACGAGGUGGUGCUAUCUUUGAGCGAUCAAAACCCGGCUCAAGACCCUGCGCCUGGAGUUGACGUGAAGGAGAAGAACUUCUCAACGGUCGACAAUGUUCAGACUCUACCUUUUGCAUCGACCGUGUCAUCCAUCUCCACCAACGAAAGAGAAGACGAAGAUCUCUACUCUGACGAUCGACAUCUAUGGCCGUCGCCGAUGAGCCAACGAGAGGCCCGACGUGUUUCGGUUCCGCUGAUGGCCGAGGAGCCUACCACAGCCGUGACUGAGGAUAACCAGAGUGCUGAGAAUACCGCACCGCAGCUCAGCGAAGAUGCCGUCGAGACCUCAUCUGUCUAUUCAAAUGAAAGUUCAAAAACUGCCGUCUUCGUUGGCGAUGAUACCAAGAGCACUGGAGACGCUCCGCAAACCCCAGCUAGGCCUCGUCGCCCUGCACAGCUUACAACGCCUGGCGAUGAAUCUCCUGUGCGCCCCGGUAUCCCGUUCAGUUAUAGCUGUGCAUCCUUCAACUCGUUGUCAUCGGAUCGCUCUCCGCUAACCCACUUCCCCAUUGCGGUUGAGCAAAGGUCGAGAGCCACGACAGAGGAUAUGGUGCAAGGUAUCCUUACGCAGUCAGGGGGUCGCCUCCGAGUCGAGGACGCUCGCCAGGUGCAGGUGGUUGAAAGCAAGCAUGACGCUGAGUUGCAAGCUUCGUCUGCCGAUAUCUGGCAUACGGAUGGGUACAUGGAACCGGAGCUUCAACCCGCUCCCCUAAAUCUUUCCAAGAAUCCUUCUACGGCGACGAAGCCAAGGAAGAGUCCGUCUAACAAACCAGCGAGGGCCAAGUCAAAUCACAAGGCAGCGGGCAACAUCCAGCCGUCCAAGAACACGCCCAAGCCCACGCCCAAGCCCACCAACCCGGUCAAGGAUACUGCCCCUCCUCAGUAUAACGAAAGAAUCAAAUCCUAUGAGUCGGGCUUUGUACCCCUCCCUGGAUCACUGCUUUACGAGGCUGACAAGAAUACGGACAUUAUCAGAAUCCCGCGGAGUCUAUCGAGCAGCUCCAACUCUAGCAGCUCUGUUUCAGCCAUCAUCACUCCGUCCAAGCCUGGCCCAGCCAAGGGAACAGGCUACCCAGCUGAGCGGCCCGAGAGACUUACUCACGGGCCAAGACCUGCGCAUUCCAUGAACCAGAUGUACGAUGCAGUAGCAGCGAGUAACAUCUCCCAACUCCAGUAUGAAUCUCAGCCUCAACCCCAGGCUCAGACGGGUAAACACUCCCCUACCCUGAGUGAUCUGGACGAGUUCUUUGGAGUUGGGCCUUACGAAAAGGCAUUCUUGGAAAAGCAUCCAGAAGCAGCGAAGCCGUUUGUCCUCCCGCCGAAGGUGCUGGAAACAGCCGAGUCACCAGUCUUCACCACGCCAAUGCUUCGUCGACGAGAUAUGAGCAUCCAGCAGCACCGAGAGCUCCCACAGCAUACGGCCGAAAGAGUGAUGGAAAGAAAGCCAAUCACCUCUACAAACGUCAGCAGCUUCGCGCUGCACAGAGCUCAGGGCAACAAGGCGACUAUCCUGCCAGUCAUUGAAGGCAGAAGCCGUGCUAACACAACCACAGCCAGGGAGCGUGAUACGGGCUCCAAGCAAGAUCACGACUACGAGGAUAGCAUAUCCGAGGAACACGUGCCGCAGCACACGUACCUGGAGGACGUUCAUCGCUUCUCUCUACAACGGUAUGAUAUCAGCACUCGUCGUCCGUCGACUGCUCAUGCUCGACCCAGCACCUUCUUUGAUCGACCUGUGCCACUGCCACCCGCCGAGAUUGUUGCUUCUGAGCGCAAAAUUGCCAACACGCCGGCCACAACGCUGGGGAGCCUUUUCCGAAGACGCAAUCGCAACCGUACGGAGACUCAACAACCUCAAACGCCUCAACUGCCUCAGCCGCCUCAGUCGCAGCCACGGCUACAACCGCGGCCGCAGCCAGCGUUCCAGACUCCUCAACAGCCCCCCAUCACGCCGACCAUUCUGACUACGCCUAGAAUAUCAGUCCAUCAGCCCAUCGGUCAAUGGCAGCCCUUCAGAGAGGAGCGAAGCCCGUUUACUGGUGCCUCGACACGGACGUCGGGUGACGAGGAGAGCCCAUACGAACGACAGCGUAUCAAGUUCUUCCGAGAGCAGACAGCCCGCGCCCUGACCGGAGAGAUCGAGCCGCCAAGGCCACCGGCCCGUCCAAUGGGCGCAGGUCCUCCCUGGGCUACCGUCGGCUUUGAGGCCGGCAGAAAGGCACAUGGACAGCGCACGAUGAAUAACGGCACCUGGGCAUCUGAUGGCCGGCGAGGCGCUACAGACACGCGUGGCAGGCAGAUCAGCAAUCCUGUUACUCGGACGGGCGCGACGAACGACUGGGUCAAUCAGGGUCUGCCCUCCCCAGCUCCCACGACUCCUUUGCCGCCGGUGCCCCCUCGUCCAUCUGGAAGUGGGAGGCAGAUUCCCGGCACGCGAUCGGCAUCUCGUCCCUCCGCAAGCGCUGCUGCUCCUGCUGCACCUGCAGGCACUUUGACCGGCGCUGUGACUGGUGUCGGACACGCCCCAGCCCAACCGGGACAAGGUGGUCAGGCACCCUCUCACAGCAGAAACCGAAACCCGCUGGGCCUGCGAGUCGAGACGACCGCUUGGAAGCUCCGGAAGGCCAGCAAGGAGGCUCUCCGAUCGGGCCGCAACGUCAGCGGCCAGCACGAUGGCGGCAGCAAGUAACCGUC